AUGGGUUCAGAACCUCAAUACGCCAAAUGGCCACUGCUGCCGCUGUCGCAGCACGUAUUCACCCUUACGAAUCCUUAUGCUGCCCGGCCCACCCAAGAUGCAGCGGCCAAGAAGCUGCAGGACGCCAUCGAGGAGCACAAGAUGGCCCCCCUUUACAGAUAUCUGGCACAUCCGCUCGAGGGCAUCCUGAAUGUGGUCGGUGAAGGAGGCGCUAGUGCACCAGGCAAACCACUGAGCAGGAAGUCGAGUGCCGUUGGCAUGAUCGCCACCAGAAGCCCCACGGCGACCGUCACGAUUCCCUGGGACGAGGGGCUGUACCAGAAGCUGAAGGAGGAUAAUGACCGAGAGCUGGAGGAGAUCCAGAAGGAAGAGGAGGAGGCCGUCGAGAAGGCCGGCGAUACUGAGAUCCAAGCCGCGAGGGGCAAGCGGGCUGAGUUCUGGGCGCGCGUUGGCGACAAGGAGAAAUCCAUCGCCGCCUACGAAGACGUCUUCGAGAAGACGGGAAUCCUCGGUACCAAGAUCGAUCUCGUCCUCGCCAUAAUACGUGUGGGCCUCUUUUAUGGCGACAAGCUCCUGGUCAAGAAGCACGUGGAGCGCGCCAAGACUCUUGUUGAGGGUGGUGGUGACUGGGACCGGCGGAACCGCCUCAAGGCGUACGAGGGCCUGUACCUUCUCACCGUCCGAUCGUAUAACUUGGCCGCUCCCCUGCUCCUGGACUCCCUCUCCACCUUCACCUCGUACGAGCUGUGUACCUACUCCAACCUCGUAGUGUACUCUGUUCUUGCAGGGUCCGUCAGCUUGAAGCGUGUGGAUUUCAAGAGCAAGGUUGUCGACGCCCCCGAGAUCAAGGCUAUCCUGGGUGAUGGUGAGGACAAGUUGGCCGCCCUGAGCGGCCGCGUGUCCGCAGGGCCCGGUGCUGAUGUUAUUGACGCCAAUAGCGAAACACAGGCGGACAACGCCUCUAAGAAGACGGUGGUCAACCUUACGACGCUUGGCACGAACAGCGACCAGCCCGAGGCGGAGAUGGCGGUUGACUUCUCGCCACUUGCGUUGCUGGUCAGCAGUCUAUACAGUGGGCGGUACAAGAUGUUUUUCGGCGCCUUGGCCCAGGUCGAGGAGCAAUUCCUCACCCAGGACCGGUACCUGCACGAGCACAAGAACUGGUUCAUCCGCGAGAUGAGGCUGCGGGCGUACCAGCAGCUGCUACAGAGCUAUAGAGUGGUAGGGCUGGACAGCAUGGCGAGCCAAUUUGGCGUCUCUGUAGACUUCUUGGACAGAGAUCUCGCAAAGUUCAUCGCUGGAGGUCGUAUUCCCUGCACUAUUGACCGUGUGUCUGGUAAGGGCGUCAUCGAGACCAACCGGCCAGACGACAAGAACAAGCAGUACCAGGACGUUGUGCGCCAGGGUGACCAGCUGAUCACCAAGCUGCAGAAGUACGGCCAGGCUGUGAGGCUUCGCGGAAGCGAGAGGGCAUAG